GGUGAACUUUAUAUUUAGCACCGCUCAAGUUUCCAGAUGCCCAUUCAGAGCCAGCAGACGUACAGUAACACAACUCAUGAAAUCAUACGAGUCACUGGCACUAGAGAGAGAACACCUGCUGAACCCUGUCAGAAUCGAAUUAAGUGGCCACUGAAAGCAAGGUGACCCUAUUCUUGGAGAGAAACGGGCAAGAAAUUAUCAAUUCCUAACAUCUCACAUUGCUUGAUAGAAUAAUGGUUAUUAAAAGCUUUGAAACACGCAUUCAAGCAACAUGAUUUUAUCAUACCUGAUGUGUGAAUCGCGAUGACGAGGUGGAUUGCAAAACUGCAUACAAGAAAAGGGGGCAGAGGCAUUUUUUUGAAGGACGCCUUUAGAAGCAACAGAAAACAGGAAGAAGAUGGAUUUGACAUUUGCAAGCAAAUUCAACCGCUCUAAUGCUGGGUUUUUCUUUCCUCUAAAAAUUACCUGAAUAAGAGAUGGCUGCACACUUUUAUGUAAAUUAUAUUUCAUUGAUGGCUCCACCCCAUUUUUGAGUUCCUGCUGCAGGAGUCUAUGCCGUAUAUACACUGUACAGCUGUGAAGGAACCUGAACUGCUGACGUCUUCAGAACAGUGAGUUGUAAUGAAUGCAGAUUUUUCCAAAUGUCAUCAGAUUGUAUUGCCAUAAUGGAACAUUUAUUCUGGGCUCUAGUGGAAUUUCCAGACUACAUGUAGAAGACUAGAGAGUAGGAAAUAUCUGGCAUUUCUCAACGAAUGAUUGUGCAUGAUGAAACUUGUCAGCCGUAGACAAUCCUGAUGCAGAAAGUUUAGAUAAUAUGUGAAAGUCUGUAGAAGAAUGGCCGUGACACCACCUCCUGAAAUCACCAUAGCUGAGCCCAUUUCCAUUCCAAUCCUGAAUGUUCUCCCACCGUCAUCCGAUACGGAGUCGUGGUCCUGUUCCCCAAGCCCACGGCCUCAUCGGUACCACUCUCGCAGCCGAAACCAGGAGAAGAGAAGGGCCAAAGGGCCUGAAGAGGACAAAUCAAAGAAGCGUUGGGAUAAAGGGCAAGGGAAACAAGAAGAGAGGAGCAAAAGCCCAUCACAUGCAUCUCCAUCAUCUCCGAUGGUUUCUAAUGUUGAAGAGGAAGAGCAGAGCACCCCCCCUGUGCUUCUCCUACCCCCAUCCCGCUCAUGGUCACGGAGCUCCUCGUUAAACAGGCUCUCUCGCUGGUCUAUCCGUAGCCUUCUCAGCAAGGACUCGGAUUGUGACAGCAGCAGUACAGCCAGUAAUUCUCCACGCAGUACUCCCGGUAGCUCGCCCUACCUGCGCCGCCGUGUGCUGGGAGGCAGAGCCAGCGAAGGGGAGACAGGCGGGGACAGAAGCGCUGGGGGUUCAGAGAGCCCCCUGCUUCCUACUCCCUCCUCAUCCACCUCCUCCUACCCGCUCUCGGCCCGACACUUCACCCGCAAUGCCAAGAAAAUGCAGAGCUGGUAUAAUGUUCUCAGCCCAACAUACAAACAGAGGAAUGAAGACUUUCGUAAACUCUUUAAAAAGCUUCCUGAUACAGAGCGUCUCAUAGUGGACUACUCAUGUGCACUGCAGAGAGACAUUCUGCUCCAGGGACGCCUCUACCUGUCGGAGAACUGGCUCUGCUUCUAUAGUAAUAUCUUUCGAUGGGAGACUACGAUAACCAUACUGCUGAAAGAUGUGACCAGUCUGACCAAGGAGAAGACGGCCAAGCUCAUCCCCAACGCCAUCCAAAUUAGCACUGAACACGAGAAGCACUUCUUUACAUCAUUUGGGGCGAGGGAUCGCAGCUUCAUGAUGAUCUUCAGACUAUGGCAGAAUGCACUGAUGGAUAAGACUCUGUCUCCAAAAGAGCUUUGGCACAUCGUUCACCAGUGUUACGGCACUGAGCUGGGGCUCACUAGUGAAGAUGAUGACUAUGUCUCCCCUACUGCUGAACAUAUGAACGGCCUGCUGCCAGGCGAUGAGCCGGUCUCCGUCACUGACCUGCUGGAUCUGGGUUCAGUGCCUGUGGCUCCGGUAGCCUCCUCUCCACCCUCAUCUGCCUCCGUUCUUCCCUGCGCUUUAGGAUCUUCACCUCCAUGCUUCUCUUCCACUUCCUGCCUGCCUGUGGAGGUGCCAUCUACCCGGGCCAGCAUCGAACCUGAGCCCAGUCCACCCAGCUCCCAAAGCUCAUUGCCACCCUCUACAAACACUGGAGCUGCCCCGUCCUCAACCAUUAUGGAAGAAGACGGGGACAGCCAGUCAGAAUCGGUCAAUCAGUCACUUCAGUCUCUUCCCACUGUCCCACACAGCCUGGGAAACCUCUCGUCACUGGAUAUCACCAAUGAUGAAGAGCUCCCAACUGACCCCAGCAACUCCUCUGACACUCAGGAAGAGAGUGAGGUGGAGUCCUUCUGUACGGAUCUCAGAGGCCGGCUGCAUAUCAACACAGUGGUUCGCAUGAGCGUGGACAAGCUCCACGACCUUCUGUUCUCAGACACUCACUUCAUACAGCACCUCUUCUCACAGCGUCACUUCACUGAUCUCUCUGUGCACGAGUGGCAGCAGGACAGCAGCAGUGGGAACAGCAGUAGAGUUUUGAGUUACACCAUCGCCAUCAACAACCCACUGGGCCCAAAAACUGCUCCUGUGGUGGAAACACAGACUCUCCACAAGAGCAGCACCCGGGGGGAGUGUUACGUGGUGGACUCGGAGGUCAUAACCUCAGGCAUUCCCUACCAGGACUACUUCUACACAUUACACAGAUACUGCCUCACCUCUGUCAACAAGCACAAGAGCCGCCUCAGGGUCUCGUCUGAUAUCUGCUACAGGAAGCAGCCGUGGAGUCUUGUGAAAGCUCUGAUAGAGAAGAACACUUGGAGCGGCAUUGAAGAGUAUUACAGACACAUGGAGAUGGAGGUGUGUAAGCUGGAAACGCUGUUGCAGUCAGAUGUUUCUGUUGUGAGCCCUGGGGACAUGCCAUCUGCGGACUCCGCCAAGACUCCCCCCGGCCUGCGCAGACGCAAACGCAACUGUCCCAGACGAGCAGGAGAGCGGGAGAGAGAACGGGACGGAGCGGGAGGAGGAGGCGGGGAGCGGGGCGACCGAGGAAUUGGAGAUGAGCGUGAAAGGGGGGAAGCUGGUGCUCAGUAUGUGAAAUUAGGGAUGAGGUGGCGCGGAUCCGGCAACAACAACAAUAGCAUCUCCACCAUCCUGCUCAUUGUGAGCUUCAUUCUGGUCGUUCUGGUGGCUCUGAACAUGAUGCUCUUCUACAAACUCUGGGCGCUUGAGCGGGCCGCGCACACACUGGAGACUUGGCACUCGUACUCUUUAACUGACAGUCCUCUGCCGCAGACAGCAGGAGAAUGGGCGCAGGUCCUGCAGCUCCAGAGGCAGUUCCACCAGGCCCAGAUGAACAAAUGGCAGCAGAUCCUACAAUCUUCUGUUACACUUCUGGAUCAGAUGAAACAGUCUCUGGAGAAGCUCCACAGAGGAAUGAUCCCACCUGAGGUGCAGGAGGAGUCUGAAUCAGAACCAGAAACUCUGAUGGAUCAGUGAGAGCGUACGGUAACCCCUUCACCCUACCGUGACAUUACAUAGCCGUCCACGAGGGGCCAAAUCACAGAAGGGACACGGUGUUCAACUCAGUGACAUUAAUGUUGGGAUUGAUGUGAGUAUCUUCUAGCUCACCCUUGUGUCUCAGCAGCAGCUACAGGACUUUAUACUAGCUGUAGAAAACACAUCCAACUCUUUUAUCAAUCAUAAAACCGUGAACUCUGGGUCUGAAGCAAUAAUAACACAUGUACGGGAGCGUCUGUGACUUACAGCUGUGCUGCAUCUUGAGCCGUUUGGUCCGUACUGAAUUUCAUCAUGGACCUUUCAAUAAAGAGGAAAGAUCCGCUAAAGAUUUUAAAGAGGGAACCUCCGACUGUCAUUUCACGAAUGUUAUUUUUAUGUCAUCAUGGGAGAGAAAUGUACGGUUUUUUCUUAAGUUUCUGUACUGAUUUCAGAACUGUUACUGAAACUCGUUUAAAGUGUGUCAGACCAUUUCAGUAUUUAUUUAAUAGACUUGAAUUAAAGUUUAACGUCAUUGUGUUUCUGCUCAAACAAGGACCAGUGUAGAAAUGGGUGGAACGAGUGAUAUGAAUAUGAAUUCCCAUUUUAGCAAUAAUCAUGUGGAAAAAUUGUAAUGGACAAUUAAAAUCUAUAAGAAAGAAUGUAAAGAGUCAAACUUUUACUUAGGGUAGAGUACCAGAGUGAAGAAUGUUUUACAAAUUUUAACCAUUUCUUCUUUCUCCCUAAUGUUUUAGUUGUUAUUUUUGUUUUAAAUCCCUGUGUAUUUAUGACUUGGGAGUGAAAGGAGCUGGUUUGUGUAGUUGAGGUGUCGAGAAACUUGUCGAGUUUCACUGGAAUCAAACUUGAACUGUUCAGGGUCACUAUUAGCUUGAGCAGCUGAUGUGCACACAGAUCUUCUCAGAACCUCAGUCGUUCCUCAGGCUGGAUGUUUGGGACCAACCAGAACUCAAGGUCAGGAGGCCUUUUAUUUCUUUUUCUUUCUUUUUUUUUGCAGUGUGGUAUUUUUAUGACAAUUAAGCACCCCUCAUCAUUUUUUUUUUAUUUUUAUUCAAUAAUUUUUGGUCUAUGGCUUUGGUCUAUUGUCCUGUGCAGACAAUUCUUUUACAUUAAAAUAAGCAAUGCAAAACCAUAAACAAAUUCUAUCAAAUACUGUAUAAAUAAUUUAUUAAUUAUCCUCAGUAAUGGGAAUUGAAAUAAAACCAAUGUCACAAUUCAAAAAAAAAAAAAAAAAAAAAAAGGAUUGAUUUAAAUGUGAAGUACGAUGUGCAUGUUCUAGGUGAGAUUCACCUAGAUGCUAUGAGUUGGAUUUUUUUUUGUCCUUUUGUUUCUUUAUUUUCAUUUGGACUGUCUGUUACUGAUUUUUUUAUCCUUUUAUUUCUUUAGUUUCAUUUGGACUGUCUGUUACUGAUGUCCCCUGUCCAGCCAUUUCAUUUCUGUCUCUGUAUUUGUGAUCUCUCGCUCCUCUGAGUGUGUUAUCAGAGUGUGUCUGUCUGUCUGUCUGUCUGCGGGCGCUGCUGUGCAAAGCCCUUGCUCUGAGUGAUGAAAGUGUGUGCUAUUUAUUCGGGUCAGGAAGGGAGAGAGUGAAGGUGGCAUGUAUUGUAUAGACACAAUUGUAAAGAUGACUUGCGACGGUCACAAAUGUAUAAUAAAAAAAGCCAAAACUGUAA